CCGAGGUCCCGUCCCCUCACUGAGGAAAGUAAAUAAGAUCCUCCUAGAAUUUUGUCCUGGCUCCACUUUAACAACGGCGCGGUGGGUGUGGCGUUUAGGGGGCGGGGAUAGGCAAAUAGUGCCCUUUUUGGGGCGGGGAAACGAGACAGAGGUACGUGUUGGGGAUAGGCUAUCUUUUUCAGGGCGUGGCUUAUGGAUUCUCACUUUCCCGCCGACGGUUGACCACGUCACGUGACAUGGGUUGGAAGAUGGCGUCUCCCACAGACGGUACAGAUUUGGAAGCAUCUUUGCUAAGUUUUGAAAAACUUGAUCGUGCCUCACCAGAUCUUUGGCCAGAGCAAUUACCAGGUGUUGCUGAAUUUGCAGCUUCCUUCAAAAGCCCUAUUACUAGUUCUCCACCUAAAUGGAUGGCUGAAAUAGAACGUGAUGACAUUGAUAUGCUAAAAGAACUGGGAAGUCUCACUACAGCUAAUUUGAUGGAGAAGGUACGAGGCCUACAGAACCUGGCCUAUCAACUGGGGCUGGAUGAGUGUAGGAAAAACAGGUCGUCUUUGAAGAAGGUCAUCUAAGGUAAGGACUAGAGGCUUCCUCUAAAGUUGAAUGUUUCUCCCCCGAUUCUCUACUUAAUGAGUUCUAGGAAUCAAGUCUUGAGUGUAGUAGUGGACUUGGGAAGUAAUGUGGAAAUGAAGACUUAGGUUUCUUGUGUAACAGCUUGUCUAACAAGCAAAGUUGUGACCCUUGAACUUCGAUGGUCUUGCAAUGUAAUGAAUGAAGCAAAGCAGUUUUCCCUUCAGUGAUGAGAGAAAUCAGUUGUCUUCUCAGGCAAACAAAACCUAAUUUAGUUGUAGCUGUCUUCAGUUGGAGACUGUAUUUGCAUAUUGAAUGAUAGAGAUUUUCAUAUUCACUAGAAGUGGAAACAUUACAUAGCUUUUUAAAACUCAAAGCCCUGUAGCUUCAUUUUCUCAUCAAUCAAAAGUUCUGGUUUGCGUUUUUUUGGGGGGUCUUUUUGAGACUGCUAUUCAGGCUGACCUUGAGCUUACUUUGUAGCCCAGGCUGGUCUUGAAUUUGCAACAUUCCUCCUGCCUGAUCCGCUCAAGUGCUGGAUUGACAGGGAUGUGCCACCACACCUGCUUUUUGCCUAUAUUAUUAAAGAAACGUUAGAACUAAUAAACUGUGAGAUGCCAGUUAAUUUAGCUUCAGGUUUCUUACAUAGUAUUUUCCCUGCCCUUGGUUAGUCAUUUGAAUUGUUACACAGUCUUUCAUGUAAUAAUUGAGACUAAUAACAGUUCUUUUACACUAUUUAUACCUAACUUCUUGUCCAAGCCAAGCCUUCAGUAAACUCAAGAGAGACAGGUAUACAGAGAUUUCUGGGGAAGUAAAAAUUUUAAUUUAACCCUUCAGUUUCACUAGUAAAUGGUCAGUAGCCAUAUAUACUUAGUGGCGGCCAUGUUGGACAGCAUCACCCUAAACAGAGUUAGCAAACUAUAGGCCACAGCCUGAUUUUGUUUUCCCUGUGAGGCAAGAGUAGUCUUUAUAUUUUUUAUAAGGUUAUAAAAUUUAAAACAGAAGACCAUAAAGCAGAAACUGUAUGUGGCCCCCCAAAGCCUAACAUGAUUAUUGUCUGACCCUUUACAGAAAAAGUUGCUGACCCAUGGAUUUGUGCCAGCUUUUCUUGAUUUUUUCUAAUCGAGUUAAGUUGUUUCCCUAAGCUACCAGGAUGCAGAUUGUGAGUCUCCUAAGCAUCUACUCAGAACAAAGUCCUUCACACUGUAGACUGAAUCCGUCAGUUCCUUAGAGUUAGCACAAGUGGAAUGAACACUUAAAAUAGGUAAAACACCUUGUAAUAUAAGUUGGCAGCUUGCCAUGAGCAUGUGAAUGAAUGCCUGUCAUUCUGACUUCAUACACUAUUUCUUGUAAGUACUAUAUUCUGUAUAUUACAUUAAAAGAAAUAUACAUGUUAGUGAAUGUAUUUCAGCUAUUAACAUUUACCUUGAAGAUUUUAAAAAAUUGUUCAAAUUGUAUAUUUUUUUCAAUCUGUUUUAUUUCAAAGAGAAAACAAAAUUUCAAAACACAUCAAUCAGGGGCAAAUUAUAUUUAACUAUCAAAUUAUGCCAGUCUCCUAGAAACAAUGAAGCAAGAAGAUUCUUCUGUUGAUAUUCUCAGUAUCCGAGAAAUAAUCUUCCUGUGUCAAAUGUAACCCAACAAUUUCUCAUUAAAUAUAAGGCUUAUGAAAUUUGCCUGUGAAACUAGCAGCUGCCACUUUUGUGAAAAACUGGAGUCAACUUGUUGCUUUCAGAAUAGCACCUUAACAUUUAUGUGAUAACUGUGAAUUCCUAAAUUUGUGAUUAUCUAGGACAUAUCAUUUUUCCUCUAAAAUGCAUGAAAAUAUGGUUUAAAAAAUUUAAGUCAUCCAUUUAGGAUUUUGAUAAAAGGUAUUCCAUAAUUCGAAGUAACUAAAGUAGUUCUCCCUCUAAAAUAAAUGUUACGCCACAGAGUUAUUAGUAAUAUUAACCCGAACUUAGCUGAAUCGUCAAACUUAAGGCUGUAAUGCCAAAUUGUGGGCCAUGUGGGUCAAGAAGAGGACUGAACCACAAAAAUGUCACAUUUCAUAUUAGUGUGGCAGAAAGACAAGUGGUAGAGCAAAGAAGGGAGACAGUAAUUGUGAAGCAGUAUCCUGAGAGGGACUCAUCAUGAAGUAAUAGCUUCUUUCCAAAGAACUUUAUAAAUGAGAUUAGUUUUUGUUCCUGGGUACAAAAUCAGUACACAUUUUAUUAAUCUGUACCUGUUUGUGUGUUGGGGAUUUAGCUCAGCUGCACAAGCGCUUGCUUGGCAAGCAUGAGGUCCUGAGUUCAAUCCUUGGUACAAAAAAAAAAAAAACAAAAAACCUCUGCUUGUUGAUCAUAAUUGGUUAUAGUAUCAACUAGCAGUUUAUGUUAGAACUUUAAUUUCUCAGAAGUUCCUCUGAUACUUUGGUAUUGUCACCUUUGCCAACUCAUCUCUAAAUCUUCCUGUUUUAGUUACCUUAUAUAUCACUUUUAUGUGUGCCCUGUAAACCUUUGCCACCUGCUUGCUUUGUCAGCACUAAUGGUGUACCCUCCACACUGUCUGCGAAACACUGCCUCCUUCCAUAAGGCAUGGCAUUCAGUUUCUGCCUGCUUGCCUGUAAGGCAAUCCAUGGUAUUUCUUACAUAAGCAAGGAUGAGUUUCUUCUAAAGCUAUCUGUUACCAGCUUACAAUCAAAUACAAAUCAAAACCAUGAAAUACCAUUUUCUCUGUCUGUGAUAUUUUAUGAUGCCAGUGGGAGUAUGGCAAAUUUGUAUGCCUUGAGUUUGUAUUUUUACACCUGAUUUGAAAAGUCAGAAAUAUUAAGCAGUGAACCAUUUCCUUGAACACUGAAACUUUAAAACUCAUGGAAGGAAACAGGCAUUAGAUCAAAGCAUAAGCAGAAAAGGGAAAAAAAUUAAGUUUCAUUAAAAUUUAAAAACUUGUGUGCUUCAAGAACACCAUUAAGAAAGUGAAAACAGUUUAUAAGAUUGGAAAAUAUAUUUUUAAAUCAUUUAUAUAUCGUGUGAUAAGAGGCUUAUAUCCAAAAUAUAUAUAAAUAUUUAUAACAAUAGAAUGACAGCCUGAUUUUUUUAAAUGGGCAAAGAAUUUGAAUAGACACUUUUCCAAGGAAGAUAUGAAAGUAGCUAAUAAGUGUAUGAAAAGAUGUUCAGGAUUAUUCAUCAUUAGGAAAAUGCAAAUCAAAACCAUGAGAUACCAUUUCGCACUCACUAGGACGGCUCUAAUAAAAAAGAUGAAUAAUAGCAAAUGUUCAAGAUGGGAAGUAAUUGGAACCCUUGUGCACUAUUGAUAGGAAUGUAAAAUGAUACAACUCCCAUGGAAAACAGCAUUUUAGUUCCUCAAAAUAAAAUUACCAUAUGAUCUAGUAAUUCCAAUUCUGAGAGUAUAUCUCAGAAAGAAUUGAAAGCAGGACUUGAAUAUGUGAAUAUCUAUGUUCGUAGAAGAGUUUUUCACAAUAAAAUGUGUAUACAAGUAAGGGAAUAUUAUUUAGUCCUAAGGAAAUCUGACAUCUUCAGGAUAUUACACUAGGUGAAACAAACCAGUCACAAGAAGACAAAUACUGUAUGAUUCUAUCUACAUGAGCAAGAGUAAUCAAAUUCACAGAGACAAGAAAUAGAAUAGUAGUUACCAGGGGCUGGGAGAAGGGAGGAAUGGGAAGUUAUUGUUUAAUGGGUACAGAGUUUUGCAAGGUGAGAAGUUCUGGAGAUUGUACACUGAAUGAAUAUACCCAAUGCCACACUUAAGUGAAGAUGAUAAAUUUUAUGUUAUAUGAAUUUUACCAAUUUUAAAAAGAAAUGUAAAAGAAUUACGUCUGGUUUUUAAAAUUAUGUAAGAAAAACAAACAAAAAAUUAAACUUGUCCAGGAAGCUCAAAAGGAUUUGAAAAAGUCUACUAUAAGCUUCUUUCUGAGGACUUUACUUUUUAAAAAUGUGUAAUAAUUUUAUAUUUUACUUCCUUCAGGUCAUUAGUAAGUCCCUUCUAUUUCUGUUCCCUUUAUUUAUUCCCAAAAUACAUUAAAAAUUAUCUCCUUAUCCUGUCUGUUACUCACUUUAAACCUGGGACACUACCAAGUGUUCAUGCCUGCUUUUUAGCACUUGAAUUUUAUAGUAAGUAAAAUGUUUAUGAUGGAUUAUUAUGAAAACAAGGUGCUAGGUUUUGGGUGUCAAAACACAUCAGCAUCUCUUUGAGACACUAAUAAGCUGGUUAUUGCUUGCAGCGUAAGACAGCAUAUACUAAGAGCCACACGAGUAGGCUAGACAUUCACAGACCUGAGAGAGCAGGGUAGUCUAAAGGUGAAUGGAGACAAUCUUUUAAAAAGUGGUAUUUAAACAGGAGUGAGAGAAACAAGUCCUAUUUAUCAUCAGUGGCAAAUUGUUUUCCUCCUCACUAAGAGUCUGUAAAAUGUUCUAUGUAGCAGUUGCUAUUUGAUUAAUCUACACAAACCCUUUUUCUCAUAUUCACUUAUUUCCCUUGUUGGCAGUUCAGUUUGCACGUAUAGUACAAAGUGCUACUUGUUUGUCCAUCUGUUAAGCAGUAAGAGAGGCAAAUGUUAUAUAGUCACUUGGUCACCAAGCUAUGUAGCAGCUUCUGUACACUUACCCUGUUAAGCCUGUUAAGUGGCAACAGAGAGAUAAAGUAGCCACUGUCCAGUAUCUCUGUAGUGCAGAGAGCUGUUUGCUACCAUUGGAGGCUUUGGAAGGUCUGCCAUCACUAGCCUGGGGUGAGUUUGACUAGGACCUUGACAAUGAUUUUGAUUGUUUCUGUUUUCUGUGCAGACUAGAUUCAUUACCUGUCAGAAUCUCAAAAACCCUUGAUUUAAAAAAUAUAUUGAUUUUUCUUUCUCUUCUUUUAAUGUCUUCUCUAUGUUAAAUGGUAACCUCCGUAUGACAUGCAGUGAUGAUUUCUGAAUUUUCAUUAGGUACAACUCAUUGUUAAAGCAACAAAGUGGUUGGCUGUUCUUACAACUAAUUUUUGUUUAAAUAAACUAGGGUCCUUUAAAAAGAUUAGCCAAAACAGUUUUUUAAAUUCACAGCAGCUCUGAUAUAUAUCAGUCCUGGCUUGCCAGACUUUGACCCAGAGCUGUGCAGUGUUUUAUUACUCUCAGCUACAUAAGGACACAUACUUAUAGCACCACUUUUGUAGCAGAUAUUUUUAUAACUCCACAAAAUGAUUAGACUGACGUAGGGCAAUUCUCUAAAUUCAUAGGUAUUAAAAUAUUCUGGCAGCUGUCUCCUUUUUGCUUAUAAGUUGAGACAUCAUGAUAAGAUAAGACUGCUUCAGGCCUGAUUGGUACAUGAAUGAGGUUAGGCACGGCAUUCUCACACUAUUGACACGGAUCUUUGUCACUAUAAAUAGGAAAAAUCUUGAGGGAGCAGUUCCCAUUAUAGUAAUUCCAAUUCAAUUCCAGUAAUCUUUUUUUUUUCAGAAACCUUUAUUUAAGAAUAAAUUCCAUGCAAUUAAGAAGGAAGUUAUGAUAUAAAAAUAUCUUUAAAUUUUAACUCAGAUAACUUAAGAGUUUGAGAUAUUGAUUGAAGUUAAGGGAUAACCUGGGUGAAAGAAACGUGCUGGUAAAGUGGUAUCAGGGCACAGUUGUAUGGGAUUCAGAUGGUUUGUUCUCCAAAGAAGCAUCUAGCAAUCCAUAGAUUCAAGAUCUUAGUCCUCAAGAGGAGACCCAGAGUCUGGGAAAGUCUAAUGUUAUGAUCUCAGCUCUUCCUAGUGCUCUAUUCCUGCUAUCAAGUGUCUCAAAUUCUUUUAACUUAGAACAACUUACAGUUUGAAAUAUCCUGUCUUCUUAUGUUUUGUUGCUAUAACAGAAUACUUGAGACUGGGUUGCUUUAGAGAAGUUUAGUUAGCUCACAGUCAUGAAGUUCUAGGAGUGAGCACGCUUGAUGAGACCCUCAUGCUGAAUUAUAGCAUGGCAGAAAAUGUAAGGGCAAAUGGGUGGCAAAAUGGGGCAGCCCACUUUUGCAAGAAUGAACCCAUUCCAAACAGGGGCAUUAAUCCAUUACUAACCUCUUACAAGCCUCACCCGGCACGGCCACAAUGCCAGUCAGAUUUCAGCUUGAGCUUUAGUUAGAGGGGGACAUUUCAUAGUCUGUUGCUGAGAAAUAUGCACCAUUAAAUGGCAGAUGAUAUUGAUACAGUCAAUUUGGAAAACUGUUAGGCAGUACUUACUAAGCCUGUUCAUACAUGUACACUAUGAUUUGGUUACUCCAGUGCUAGAUAUAUAUAGAUACAUACCCUAGAAAUAGAAAUGCAUACAUACAUUUGUAUAACAAAAGAUACAUACAAAAAGGUUCAGAGCAGCACUGUUCAUAAUAGAUCCAACCUAGGAAUAAUCCGAAGUCUGUUGAUAGUAGAAUGAAUAAAAAGGAUAUUUAUUAUACACAAAUAUAAUAGAAUACUUAUAGCUUGAAAAUAAAUUGCUACAUGCAACAGCACAAUGAGUCACAAGAACAUUACAUUGAGUGAAUGGAGCUAGGAACAACACAGCACAUAUUAUAUAGUGUCAUUUAUAUAAUAUUCAAAAACAAAGCUGAUCUCUAGUGAUUAAGUGAAAACAGUAGUUGCAUUGGGUUGUGGUGAUACCUGGGAAGAAGGGUUACAAGGAGGUGAGACUUGUAGGUGCUAGCAGUGAUUAUGUUUAUAUGGUUGUUACAUUUUGACAUUUCUCAUGUAUACUUAGGAUUUGUACAUUUUCUUAUAUAUAUUUUAAAUAAAAUCAAUUUCUAGACAAAUAGUGGUUGAGAUAAAAACUGAAACAAAUUCACUCUCAAGUCUAAUAGUCUUUAAGUGGCAACUCCCGUGGCCUUUUUGGUUUAAUCUGAGCAGCUCAUGAAAGAAGGGUAUUGGGUAUUGACAAUUUUCUAGACAGGAAAAGAGGAUGUUGAAGAUGAAGGGAACCAACCUUCCCACCCAUCCUCUAUUUCAAAAUGUCUUUUGAGCAGCCCUAAUAUAAUGAGGUAAGGAUUAUAGGAACUAUUUUUCUGGUGUGUGUCCAUCACUGGCACCUGUGAAUGUAAACCACUUUAUGUGUUUUACAGGUCUGUUUUAAAUAUAAUACCAUUGUCAGUAUUGAAUUUUCGCCACCAGAGCAUCAUAAGAUGAAGUGACACUGGAAUAGAGAAAGGAUGGUGAUAGAUGGGACUCAGUAGGUGGCAGUAUUCCCUUUGAAUUUUUUAAUAAAAUGUAGGUACCUGUUGGCAGGGGGCUUCUAGCAACUUUUAAAAACAGGAAUAAAAAAGUCAAGCAGAACAGAAGAAAAUUUAAUAUUUUCACACUUUUGUUGCUUCACAUAGUGCUAUUUUGAAUGAAUCAAUAACAUUUAAAGUCCACAAAUCUAGAGGACAUGUUUUUCCACAAUAAAUCCUUGAAAGGUGGUUAUGUACAAGGCCUUAUGCCUGUAAUCCCAAUACGGGAGGCUGAGGCAGGAGGAUCACACACUUAGUCUCUUUUUGAGCUUUGUCUCAAAAACAGCAAUAAUUAAAGGGCUGGGGGUAUGGCUCAAGUGGUAGAAUACUGUUGGGUUCAAUCCCUAGAACAGGGAAAAGAAUAUCCUAGUGUGAUAGCCUGUAAGAAGGUUUUUUUUUUUUUUUUAAUAGGAUAUUGCUGUUAAUGGAUAGCCUAUUUAGAAAGUAUUUGAGCAGUGCUUUUUUUCCUGUCUUGUAUUUAGAAAUGUGUAUUUAUCAAGAUUGAGAUCAGACUAUCUGCUUUAGACAAAGAUGUCAGUGAAAUUUAUUGAUGAGAUUAGAAUGUAGUGGAGCACAAAUUAAAAGAAAAAUCAAAGUUGACUUAUUUUUCUUGUUUAUUUUAAUAUGAAUGAAAUACUAUGAAUACUAUAUCUUUAAUAUUGAAAUUUUCUUACAAUGGGAGUGCUACUGCAUAGAACACUGGAUUUAAGCAAUCUAUGACACAUAAGGGUUUUAGUUGUGAAUAGAUUGUUUUGAGACAGGGUCUCACUAUGUAGUACAGGCUGGCCUUAAACUCAUUAUGUAGUGUAGGCUGGCCUCAAACUUGCGGCAAUCCUGUGUUAGCCUCCCAAGUGCUGGGUUGACAGCUAUAUACCACCACGUCUAGCUCUUAGUUGUAAGUAGUUUUGACAUGGAUUACAGUAAUUUGGCAUAGAAGCCAAGACUUACUAAGGCAGGCACAGUGGCACAUGGCUACAAUCACAGCUACAAUCACAAUCACUAGGAAGGCUAAUGGAAGAAUGCCAUGAGUUUGAGGCUAGCCUGGGCAAUAUAGUGAGACUCUGUCUCCAAAAAAUAAAUAGGCAAACAAAAACAACAACAAAAAAUAGUUAUCAACCAGUCAAAAGACAGAACAUGUCUAUUAUGCAGAGUAGGAGACCAGUUAACAGAUUUGUUGGAAUCAGAAGAAUUACAUUUAAGUCCAUGCUUCCUACUAUUCUUGGGAAAAUCUGUUAAUCUGAGUAAGUUUUCUUAUCAUCUAUGAUAUGUAAUGGGAAGUAAUAUGACUGUGACUGGCUCAUCGGUUGCUUAUUGUAUCAGCGGAUAUAUUGUUUUUAAGGGUGCGAUAUGAAUGAUGGUGGACCACAGAUGGACUCUACUUUAUUUUUUAUUGUUUUUUUUUUUUUUAUACUGGGUAUCAAACUCACUACCUAGCACUUGCCAGGCAGGUGCUUAUGCCACUGAGCUAAAUCCCCAGCUCUACUUCGUUUUUAUACCAUCCAAAAAUUUGUUUCCUCAUGUGUUCUCUUUCAGUCAUCAGGUAGCUGCUAUGAAACACCGAUAAUGAUAGCUUUAAUAGUCAUCAUUAUAUGAAUACCUGCUAAUUGAUAUUGUAUAAGGCAUUUUAGGGGCAUUAGUUUCUAAAGCCUUAUAGUAGCCAUGGAUGUUGAACUACUGACCCCACUUUACAGUUGACAAAAGUCUGUACUAGUCCAAAAACUGUGAACCAAAUCUAAGCCAUCUGACUUCAUAAUCUUUGUUUUUAGUGUAUCAUACUUUGCUUUCAGGAUUUCACUUGAGUGUCAACUUUCCAGUGUUUCAGAAGCCAGGACUGCAUGUAGUAUGUUUUUGUAUUGGAUACUUAAAAACAAUGGGCCUUAAAGGAAAACAUCUUUCACAUUGGAAUUAUUAACAGAAUCCUAAUGCAUGUAAUUACUAAUUUAGGAAUUGGGGGAUUGAUAUGUCCAAUUUGAGCUUUCGUCUUUUGUUUGGCUUUUUGAGACAGGGUCUCAUUAUACAGUUCAGGCUGGGUAAGGGCUUAUUUUGUAGCCCACGUUGGUCUCAAACUUGCAAUGGUCUCCUGCCUCAGCCUCCCCAGUGCUGGGAUUACAGGAGGGCGCCACCGCACCUGGCAAGCUUUUUUUUUUUUUUUUUUUUGUCUUUAGCCGGAGCACAAGUAAAUCAUUUCUUAAAGAUUCAGACGUAAGGAGAGGAAUAGAAAACAGCAUCGCACAAUCUAAAGAGUGUUAAUGUCUAUUUUGAGUGUAUAAUAUUAUGUUAUUUACAUUUACCCCUCCUGGUUGUAUUUUUUAUUUUAAUACUAGACAUGGUUUGCCUUUUUCUUUGUUCAUAUAUAUGCAUAUUUUAGAAUGAUUUCCUAUUUAUUGUAAUUUUAAUAGUCAUUCACAUUUUGUAUGAUGAUAAAAUCUUUUGGAGAAUAUACUUAAAACUGAUAACUAAGUACAUUAAUAACAUAUUUUUCCUAUCACUGUUAGGUAAAAAUAAAUAAGUAUGCAUGAAACUUAUUAUCUUUCAAUAUUCUGAGGAUUUUGUUUUUAAUGGAAAAUAAUUUUUCAAAAAUAAAUCAUCUUUUGUAAACCCAUAAAAUUAUUUAAUCAUGUUUUGUCUGCCUUCUGAUUUCAUCUGUACAUUGUCACUAAUUGUUUUUGUUGAGUCACAGUCUCAUUAAACCAGUCUCUGUAAACCAGAGUCAAAGUCUCAUUAUGUAAACCAGGGUGGCCUCAACUUGAUGUGUAGCCCACAUUGGCCUCAAACUCAAUAUGCUCCUGCCUCAACCUCCCACAUGCUGGAGUUGCAAGUAUGUGCUGCUAUAAGGCCCAGCUUACUAAUUGGUUUUUUUUUUUCAAUAAACCUUUUUUUAUAAUACUUUUAGAUACACAAAAUUAUGAGAGUUCCCUUCUAACUUAUCUCCAGUUUCUCCUAUAAUUAUUAAUUAGGAUAUUACAUUUAGUGAACAAUUUAUUUAGGAGUCUUUAGUUUUUUCCUAAUGUCAUUUUCCCUAAUGUCUUUCCAGGUCCAUUAAAGAUACCAUAGUUAGUAAUCAUAUCUCUUUAGGCCCCCUUUGAUUGGGACAGUUUCUCAGACUUUCCUUGUUUUUGAAGACCUUUACAGUGUUAGGGAAUACUGAUUAGGCAUAUUGUAGAAUGUCCCUCAGCUGGGAUUUGUUUGAUGUUUUUCUCAUGAUUAUACUUCGUCUUUUACUAUAUACACUAGGUGAUAUGAGGAUCAUGCUCUUAAUCAUAGUGAGUUCCAUGAGGAAGGCAGAUUAGGAUCUGAAUAUAUUGAGUGUGGAUAAUCAAAGAAUGCUUGACAGCAUUCUUUGGUGGCUUACAAUAUUGACUAAAAUGUUCUUCGCAUUUUAAAAUAUUUUAUCAUUUCUCAUAGAAAGUCCAUUCUAAUUUUGGUUAGAAGCAGGAGCCUAGGUGUUGUGAUCUACUUGUGUCUCUUAAGAACUGUUUCUCUUCUAAUUGCACCUACUGGGGCAGUUAGGAUUAGUUUUAAUGUUACUCCUAAGAGCUUUAUUUAAGCUGUAUUGGUCUUUUAAUUAGUAAUGGGCAAUUUUGGGUGAAUUGUUAAUUGGUUUGAAUUGUAGACAUUAUACCCAAAGCUGCUUUGUUACUCCAGCCUAGAGCAGUAUAAGAUUAAAACGGUCUGGUUUAGUUACUUUGGUUAGAUGAAUGCUUGAGAAGUAUUAUUUUUAGUGGUUUUGGUUUGUAUUCUAACCUAGUGUUUGUUUAACUGUGUUAAGAAUUAUUGUCGUUUAAAUCACUGAGGUCCACAAUUCUACUCCAUUAAGGGCCACUACUGUUCUGCCAAUCAAAAAGCAUCACCCUUGAGAUUGAUUUUUUUCUCAGGGUAAUAAUGGCUACCCAGUGAUACCAUUUCCAACUCUUUUAUGUAAACAGAAAGCAAUCAAAUAAGUACUAAUCCAAGGAUUAUGUAGACCCAAAUCCGGUUACAAGAAGAUUCUCUGCAGUGUAUGUUCCUGGCUCUUUGCCGUCUAGAAUACCAGGCAGCCUGUCUUCUUCAGGAGGGCUUGCCUGCUGCUUGUACUGCCUGUUAGAUUUCACUAUGCUAAAUCCAAAACACUCCUGUGACUCCUGAAUGGAAUUCAAAACGACACUUACAUUUCCAUAAAUAAAUUAGGAAUUCAGUGGUUUCUUCGGGCUAAUCAGGGCAGGCUGAUAAACCUUGCUAGCUGUUUAAUAAAUGAAUUGUGACUGAUUACCUAUUAAUAUGGACGCCUCAGGAAUUCACCCUGGGGGAAGCAGAGCAGUGAAAUAGAGAGGGGCCUGGCCCCUUGGGAAAUCAGGGCUUCAUGUUUGCAGCUUAAAUAUCUCUGUGAAGUAUCAAUAAGGAGGUAAUUGAAUUUUGAACACAAACAUGAGCACCGGAUGGAUGAAAGGGGGAGGGGGAUCAGAUCGUCUCUUCUCUGCCCCCAUCCUCCCCUCCCCUUUUCCUUAGAGACCACUCUAGUAAAGAUAGAUGCUAAAUCCAUUAAAUAAAGAUUAGACUCUGUCGUAGUAGAAAAUGGCAGCUUAGCUAGAUCCCUGGGCAAAUUGGGGCCUUUUGCAAUACAGAAAAUUAAAAUAUACAUUUUUAACAAGUGUGCUGUCUUGCUAGCAAUAAUGCCAGGCUAGCUUGUGGGGUUUACUCCUCCUUCAGAUUAGCUUUUGCUGGGAUAGAUCACUUUCUCUUGUAUUAAUGCCAAUCUUUUCUGUAUUCCUGGAGCAGAAGGGCCUGAGUUUAUUUAUUUAUUUUUAAAGCUUCUGUUGAGGCCUUUCUCUAGCAUCCUGCCUGCUCAUAAUCAGAGGAGUGGGAAGGAGAUUAGUAUCCCAUGAAUUGACGGUAGAUAAAUGUUCCCUCUCCUCUGAACUGGUGAGUCCAGCAGAACCCAAUCACUUGCAUUUCAGGGAUGAUUGGAGGCCAUACAGCCACGCAAAAAAAGGGCUAACCGUAUGAAAUAAACAUUGAUGUUUUGGUGCAAUUUUACUUGGCUUUAUACCUUCUUGAUAAGGUUAUCAAUUUGCUUUGUCCUAUUUUAAACCAGAUCAGAGUCAUAUUAAUGUAGGAAAAUAAUUGAUACCAUUUGAUUACAGACCAUAAUACUUAUGUCCUUUUAGCAAUAAAAUAAAAAUGGUCAUUAACCCUUACACACUUCUGUUCUCUUUCUGUAAAUACCCAGUAUUGGUUUUCUGGACUAAUCUUUGUUUUUUUGUCAAUUGACAGUUCUAAUAACCUUUUUGUAAGGCUUUAGUUGGUCAGUCUAUCAACAAGUAUUAUUUGAGCAUCUGUUAAGUGCUAUGGUCAGUGGUUAAAAAAAAAGUCUGACUAGGCAUGUUGGCCACUUAGAGAGUUUAAGGCCAUCCUGGACUACAGAGUGAGAUGUGUCUCAAAUAAGUAAGUAUAAAGAUAUUCCAUAUAACAUAUAGUUCACUGGUAGAGUGAUAACUUGGUACUCAUCAUUAAUUGGUUCUAGGAAGCCUAAUAGGCACUAAAAUCAAUGAGUAGCAAACAAAUUGUGGACUGGAAAGGAUAGCAAGUCAUACAGCAAUCCACACUGGAAAGUUCUAGCUUAUGAAUCAAAUGCCAAACAAAUUUACCAGGAUGAAAUUUUCACAUCAAAUGCAAAUCAAAUGAGUAUCAAAUUCAGUGUUUCAAAGAACUUGAUGAGUAUCAGUGUUUGGCUAUAAUUCAUUUUUAGAAAUGGUUAAUUCAGUGAUAGCAUUAUCAUCAGAGACCCUGUUUCAUCUUUCUGCAUUCCACUUGCAGUUCCUCUUAGGAUGUCUUUCAUUGUAGUUGCAAGAUAGUUGCUACAGUCUUUCAUAUCAUACGCUGGCAACAGCUUUCUUAGAUAGGAAAUUGUUUUUCCUCCCUGUUCAUCAUCUUAUCAGAGAAAAACCCUGGAACAGUGGUGAUCUUAUUCCUGUGACUAAAUAAGUUCUUAGCAAUAAUGAGACUACCGUGAUGGCCUUAGAUGGACCAAAAAGGGUUCAACUUCCAAAACUGAAAGGAUCUCAGUCUCCCCCAAGUAUAUGAUACCCUGUACCUGAACGAAAGCAUGAUUUUGUUGAUAAAAAAUAAGUUAGGGAGGGCUGUGAAUAAGGUACUUUCAUGAAUGAAGACCUGGGUUUGAUUGAUUGCCACAAACCCAAGUCUCACUUUUUUCCUCUAAAUCUAAAUAAAUAAAUAAAUAUGCUGCUGAUAUAGCUCAGUGCAAAGAUCCAAGAGUCAAUCCCCAGUCCUAGGGAAAAAAGAAAGAAUUUUUAGUUUAUUAUUAUUGUUGUUUUAAAGCUUAAGUCAUUCAGUAUGAAUGUCUGCUAUAUGGGUGUAGUAUGCAUAGCACUGAGAUUGUAGAGAAAAAUUGCAACCUUAUUUUUAAGAGUAUCUCAGAAAGCACUAGGUAAGGAUAUCUUUCUCAGACAGGAUCAGAGGAAGUAAUCUUCAAAUACCUUUCUAGAUUGAAGAGCAAGGAUGUGGAAGAAGGGUGACUUCCACGCAGAGUAAGGGAUAAUCUAGGCAUAAGAAAUAAUAAAACCAAAGGCAUGAAGCGUGAUACAUUUGGGCAAGUGUUGGCUAAGCAGGGAGGGAUGAUUGUGGAAAGCUGAGGAAGCAGCUGGUCAUGCUUGUGAGCCAGGAUGUCAUCCCAAAGGCUUCCUGUGACUCGUGAAGGAAUAGUAACUGAGAGGUGACACUGAUCGACCUCUUCUCAGGAAGAUCACUGACCAUUGAGGGCAAAGGCUAUAGACUUGUUCCUGUUACUCUCUCCCUCACGUCUCUCCGUAUUGAGGACCGAAUCCAGGGGCUGUCAUGUUGGAUAAGGGCUGUGUUACCAUUGAACCACAUCCCCAGAACUUUACUUUUUAAAAUUUUGAGACAGGGUCUUGCUAAGUUGCCCAGGCUGACUUGAACUUGCAAUUGUUUUGCCUCACUCUCGUGAGUAUUUGGCAUUACAAGUGUUUAUCACCGUUCACAGCUCUCCCCUCUUAUUUAUUAAGAGUGCCUUGCACAUUUAUAGGUACUCAAGGACCGUGGGCAGGUGAGGAACAGGGAUACCAGUUUUAGAAGAUGUGAUGUUGCAGGAGUUAUGGAUGUCUCUCAGUUUUUCAGUAGUUUUUAUUCAUUGUAUUAAUCAGAAUAGAAAGUAUAAGAAGAGAUAUUGUUUGAGGCUGGAAAAUAAUUUGUUUUUAACGUAUUAUAUGUUGUUUGCCUCUGGGGCAUUCUGAAACACUUUAACUUAGCUGAAUAUAAGUUUACUAAAUAAUUCAGUCAUGUGGAAAUAAACAUGUAUACCCUUUCAGUCACUUAUAAAUAUUCUACCUCAUAUACAGAUAUAUUUUUGUGGAUUACCGCUAGCUAACAUUUUCUGAUAUGUGCUGACACUGUGCCCAGCUCCUUAUCCACACCCUGAUAAUGCUCCCAUGGAAUAACUAACAUUAUCCUCGUUGCACUGGUGAGAGAGGGACACUUGCCCAGAGUGAUACAGCUAUUAAAUGACAGAGCCAGGACUAAUUCAGGCGUGACUGUUCUAGAGCCUCUGCUCCUCAGGGUGCUCUUCCCAUGUAUCUGGGGGAGUCCUUUGCUCCUGGCCCUGGGUGGUCCUCUAAGGCCUGCCAUAAGCACUGCCAUGAAUUUAGUGUCUUUUUAGUGCCCUUCUUGUUUUCCUCUUACCCAGCUACUUACCAGGCCAGGCCUGAAUCACAGUGUGUUUGCCUGGGUAGGGUGAAGGGAGAGCUAAUCCAGGCCUUUUUUUGCUGUUAUGAUUUGCUAGCAUUCUUAGAGCCCUGGAUUCAUCAAGAAAACCAGACCUAGACUUUUGACUAAAUGGAAAAAAUUUGAGAACAAGCCCAAGACCCUCCAAGGUCCCAUACCAAGAAAUUAGUCAUUGACAACUCAUUUCCUUGAGAAAGGAUCCUAUACAGAGACCCAGAGCAAAGUCUAGGUUUAGUUUGCACGUCACUUCCUGUGGAAGUCCAUACAUGACUUCUAGAUUAGACAUUCUACCUCUUCUGCACCCAGGUUGUAUACUUCACUAAUACCAUCUAAUUCCUCUUUAUAAGCCCACUCUUGCAGUUGCUUGUCAGAAUGUCUCCUUUGCUUUCAACUAGACCCCCAGUUUGACAUGCUAGGAAGUAUAUGAGAAGAUGGAAGAGGCCACACAACCUCUUAAGUUUCAGCAAUCUCAUUUUGAAUAUUGAGUGAUAUUUUUACCAAAAAAUUCUUUUUAGCCACUGGUUUAGUCCACGUGAAAGGAAAUGCUGGUGUUAACUCAAGCUGCUGUGUAACGUAGCUGUGCACAGAAUUCUUAAUGGACCCAAACACAUUCCCUUUAUGACAAUUCAUAUCUUCUAUAGACUAAAAGCAAGUAGGUACCCCAGUUUAAAAUAACCUCAGCCCAGUUUAAAAUAAAACAAAACAAAAAACCUUUAAUUCCAAGCAAGGAUGAUGGCACAUUCUUGUAAUCCCAGCACUCUGAGAGGCUGAGACAGGAGGAUGACAAGUUUUAAUCCAUCCUAGGACAACCUAAUAAUUUAGUGAGACUGUGUCCUAAACUAAAAAAUAAAGGCUUAGGGAGGUAGCUCAGUGGGAAAGCCCUGGGUUCAACCCAGACAAACAAACAAACAAAAACCAAAAAAACCCACCUUAGUUCUUUUCUGUUGACUUUAUGUAGUCCCAUAUACAUAUGAAGGUUUUGAGAUCUCUAAGGAAAAUUUAUUUUUAUAUUAAUAGUUUUUCAAAGGGAACGCAUUUAUCUUUUGGAAAAUGUUUUGUAUAUCUUUUUCAAUUUUUAAAUCUUUCAUAUUUUAGGUCAUACUGGUUUUUACAGAUUUCUCCUAGUUAGGUCAACUCAACAUUAAUUAACUUACUCUACUUUCCCAAGCAUUAAUGGAAAUACUGGAUUAUGACCAAUCUAAUACUCUCUGGACAUUCCGUUACACACUUUGCUCAAUGUGAUUUAAGACAGUUUAUAAUCACUCCUUGCAGUCUUGAGGCCAGUUUUCAAUUCCUGAGACUCAUACAUCCUGGCUAGUUUUAAUUAAUUUUGCAAGGAAGAUGCCAGGAGAUGCAAUAUUAAAUGCCUUUUUAUAAUCAGGUUGUUUCAUCAGGUUAUUUGUCAUCUACUAAUCUUAUAGUUUUAUCACAACAAAAUACAAUUUUUUUCUGAUAUAGUUUGUUCUUCAUUCUUGUUCUCUAAUGCUUUGCACUCAUAGUUUGGGUAACCUAUUUAUGAUUAUCUUACUCAUAACUGAUAUUAGGGAACUUCUCUAGAUUUUUAACAAUAAUGACUAGAUUUCAUUUUUUAUCAUGAGAAUUUGGGGAUAGGUUUUAAUUGGUAUCACAUUGUGUUCUAUUUAUUUGGUCUUUUUGGGUAUCAGCUGGGAUUCAGUUGGGAGUUUGUUUGUUUGGGUGGUUGAGACAUGGUCUCAUUAUGCAGUUCUGACUUUGAACUUGCCAUGUCACUCAGGCUGAUCUCAAACUUGUGACCCUCCUGCCUUAGCUGCCUGAGUGCUUACAUUACAGAUAUGUACCACUCUAACUGUCUCUUAAAUAGGAAUAAGAGGCAAAAGGUGGUUAACUUCUGUAAGAGUAAGAGCAAAAUCUAAGGUGUACAGAUACAGCAACUGCCAAAUACCACCCAGCUCUAGGGCUGAAGGAAAGUGAACAACAAAGGACUUAGAAACUUAGAGGAGAUCCCUGCAAGAGAUUUAGCAUUUCUGGAGGGAAGACCUGCUGCUGCAAGGACAUGUUGCCCACUGCAAAAAGCUGCCCCAUGGUGUCUUGCUGGAGCAGCCUCUGUGGUGGUACAAGUAACAUGAACUGGGAGGCCCACCACUCCCAGGAUAAACAUUAAACAUUGCCAGGACCCCCGCAUGUCACUGCACAGAAAAAAGACAUGCUGCAAGAAGGAAGAAAAAGUGCUUUCUCGCUUCCAUCUUGCACUCUCCUUCUAUUGCCCUGUAUUGGCAACACUUAGCUUGGAGCCGGCUGGCAGAAGGGUAAUGUGGCUUGUGUUGGUUCCAGCUCCAGUACCACAAAGCAGGGCAAAGAAGGCAGAGUUAGGAGUUGAAAGACAGUAAAUGAGUGAGUGGCCCCAUGAAUAAAAAACUUUGUGUAAAUUUCAAUCUUACUACUGGGAAAUAGUUAAUAAGCACUGUAGUUUUUCUUUUAAGACUUUAUAGAACUAUUUAAUUUUUUUUUCGCACCAGGAAUUGAAUUCAUGACCUCAUGCUUGCCAGCAGGUGCGUAUGACACUGAGCUGAACUCCCAGCCCUGAAUUAUUUGAUUUUUUAAAUACACACAUGUCAUGGUUUAUGUCUGUGGCCCCCAGGCCUCAUGAGUUUGAAUUGUGCAUUUGUUAUUUGUUCAUUGUCUAGUGCUUGGAUUGGUGUCAGUGCUCCACCCACAUAGGGGUGGAGCCAGGAUGUGAUGUAAUGGCAGGAAGAAGGUGUGUCUUGCUCUUUUGCUGGUUCAUGCUUGCGGUUUGCGGCUGCCAUGAACUGCGGCCCAGCCAUGCCCGCCUGCCUUGGAGCCAACUAAGUGUGGACUAAAACCUCCAAAAACUAUAAGAAAUAAACCUUUCCUUUCCCAACUUUGGGCUUCAGGUAUUUUGUCUCAGUGACCAAGUAAAAAGUGACUAAGACAAUACACAUAUACAAAAAUAGGCAAAAUGUAUAUAAGUAGCCCAAAAGUAAAAGAUGUCUUCCUCUGUUUAUAUAAAAGCAAGUUAAUUGCUUUAAAAUAAAAUGUGAUCACUUACAGAUUUUGUAAUAUAAAAAGCAAAAAUAUAUGUGCCCAAACUUGAUCAUAAUCUAAUAUAAAUUAAGUUAUAGUUUAUGAAUGAGAAAUAACUAUUUCCAUUCAGUAAGGGGAGAUAGAACCCGAGAUUCUAGCUAUUAGCAGUAUGUUGGUGAUAAUUUGACUAAAGAAUUUCACUUUUUCCCAUCUUUCCUUCCUUUAUAUAAAUGAUACUUGGGGCUGGGGAUUUAGCUCAGCGGCAUAAGCACCUGCCUUGCAAGCAGGCGGUUGUAAGUUCAAUCCCCAGUACCGAUAAAAAUGAAAAAGACCCCCCAAAAAAUAAAUAAAUAAAUGAUACUUUUCCUAAGAUUUAGUUGAACUUCAACUCAAUAGAAUAAAAAUAAAAGUCUAUGGUAGUUUGCAUACAUAGGGUCCUCUAAAUAUUGACCUGUAGGUUUUGGUGGGUAGCAUUUUAUUUUUCUAAUGUGGCACUGAGUUGUGCAUUUAGCAUUAGGUCUGGGUAAUCUCUCUGGGGAGAGUGGAAUUGAUGGAUCCUUUUUUUUGCCAGUCUCGGGUGGCCUGUCAUGAGAGCAGGUGUUGCUCGGGCAGUACAUGCAAUCAGGAGUCUUAGUGCAAAUCUGAUAAAAGCAUAUAUUCCCUAGACCACUCAGGCUAGGGUCUCUCCUGGGGAAGAGGCCAACAUUGGUCUCUUAUGCAUUAAAAAAGGAGAGAGAGAGAAAAAAAAUAAAGAAAAACUAAUUAUCAACCUACUGCAAAUGUCAUUCCACUCAAGACCCUAAAGGACAAAGACCUAGGUGACAAAUGUUUCUGGAGAGAGUUGAGCCAUCACUUGUCUUUUUAAUGGAGCUUCAUGUUUGGCUACAGAAGCACAUGCUAUUUCUCCUUUUCAUAUGUUUCAUCAUACUGAGUAUAAACAUGAAGGAAUUGUACAACUUUUAUAAUGUUUUGGAUUUGAACAGAAUCCUUUCGUUAAGAAUAGGGUAUAGGGGGCUGGAGAUUUAGCUCAGCGGCAUAAGCGCCUGCCUUGCAAGCAGGCAGUCGUGAGUUCGAUCCCCUGUACCGAUAAAAAGGAAAAAGACAAAAAAAAAAGAAAAAUAGGGAAUAGUUUCAUUGCUCUGAAAAUAUUCAGGGGAUAGCUGUCUGUUGAGUUAGCUGUCCUUAGUACUUCGCCUGUUUUUCCUUAGUUUUGAUUACAUGACUUCCAUCUUAUUUUGUCUGCAUUGACUAACUGGGACCACUGAUCUGUGUCCUAUUCCAGAGUGCAGAGCUAGUAGUAAUAAUGGGGAGAAGUGAGACAGAAGUUGUGUAUUUAUUUAUUUACUCAUUCAUUUGUUGCAGGUGGUAUGUUGGUGGUUGUUAUUUUGAGACAAGGUCUCCUGUGUAGUUCAGGUUGACCCUGAACUCACUGUGCACCGCAGGUUAGCCACAAAGUCAUGGUGAUCCUCUUGCCUCAACCUCCCAAGGGCUGGGAUUACAGGUGUGUACCACCACAUCCAGCCUGCUACAGUAUUAAGGAAGAAAUUUCCAAAUGUCCAGAAAUAAAUGGACUUUCAAAAAAGUACUGCAUUCCUCCUGGAAAUGCUCAGGCAGUGCUGUAUGACUAACUGCUUGGGUUGGGUGGGAGCACAGAUUUGCUGAUUAUACAUACUCAUUCAUAAGAGUUCAACUUUUUGCUUUCUGCAGAAGAUCUACAAAGUAAGCAGUCUUCUUGUUGAAUUGCUCUAUUGUCACAAUAUUUCUGUUUAUUCUUAUAGUCCACUGUUUUAACAAUUAUUAUUUGUUAAUGAGAAUAGCAAUGCUACUAGUACUUUAUUUGAAGUAGUGUUUUGAUAAUAGGAAAAUUAUGAGUUUUUAAAACAGUACUUAGAGUAGAAGGAAAUAUAAUCUGAACCCUAAGUGACUUGGAUAAUAAGAACAUUUUGUGUACCAGAAGUAUGAAUUGCUGCUUUUACAGGCUCUGAAAGUAAAACUUGAGUGACAGGGGAAAAGUGGGAUUCUUGUUAUGUUGCCUGGGCUAUCCCCAAACUUCUGGGUCCAAGUGAUCCUUCUGCUCAGCCUCUUGAGUAGCUGGAGCUACAGGUAUGCCCACUGCCACCUGGUAGAACUUGUGAAAUCAUUAGCUUGAGAUUUCAUCACACGUUUCAAAUAGGACUUUCAUGAAUGAAUGAUAUAAGCAUUUCUUGCUGCUCUGUUGUGAAAAGUAACAUGAUACCUACUACCUGUUAACUCUGCUCAGUUAAGUGAUUUGCCUCUGAAUUCCCUAAGACUGGCCCUUUUCAUGCUGUUAUGACUUUUAUAUCUUCUUUAGAUUCUCAAACUUAAUUAUGAGUGUUUCUUCCUUUUUAAGAAAUUUCUGAGGUAAAUAUGAAUACCAAUUUAUUUGUUUACCUGAUAGAAUUUGUAAUGCUACAUUUUUCCAAAUGACAACCUUGAAGCAGAUAAACAAACAAGAAACUAAGAAACUUCUUGGUGAGGUGAACUCAACAGUAUCUUAUUUUAUUUUAAUUUUUUUAUAUAUUUUUGGUACCAGGGUUGAACUUACAACCUUGCACUUGAUAGGCCGGCAUGUGUGCUGCUGAGCCAAAUCCCUGGCCCUUUAAUUUAACUUUUGAGACGUUACCUUGGAAUUUAAUUCAUUUUCUAAUUAGAAAUAGAAAAGAUUAAAAAUUAUUAUUUUUUUUUGAAACAGGGUCUCACUCUGUAGUUCAGGCUAGCCUGAAAGUCACAGCAAUCCUCCUGCCUCAGCCUCCUAAAUGCUGAGAUUACAAGCAUGUAUCACUAUAUCUGGCUAAACUUAGGGUUUUUUCUUACAGUGUUAUGCUUGAUAUGAUGAGUAGUCGUUACCCCAUCCUUAUGUUCUCUUCCUUCUCUUUCUGAGAUUAUUUUUACCAGAAGUAAUCUUCUAGCCUGGUAUGAUGCUGUAUAAUUUUUUUUAUCGGUACUGGGCAUCCAACUCACGACUGCCUUCUUGCAAGGCAGGCGCUUAUGCUGCUGAGCUAAAUCCCCAGCCCUGAUGCUGCAUAAUUCUAAUUCCAGCACUCUGGGAGACUGAGGCAGGAGGAUCAAGAGUUCAAGCUCACCUUUAGCAAUUUAGUGAGACCCUGUCUCAAAAGUUUUUAAAAAGGAGGGUAGUGCUUGGAAUGUAGCUCAGUACAAAGGCCCUGUAUUCAAUCCCCAAUACUACCAAGAAGGGGGAAAAAAGUAAUCCUUGGUCUCUUUCCUUUUCUGAAUACUCUUCAUGCUAAGCAUUAUGUACUUUAACCUAUUAUUAAAAAUCUGUAUGGUAUACAUAAAAAUAGAACUUAGCUUAUUUAAAAAUUAGGCAGUUCUGUUCAACUUGAAUAGUAAGAGAUUAUGUAAAUAUAAAGUACCCAGAAAGGAAGCUCCAAGACAAAAUGUUAAAAACAAAAUUAAUAGAGCCUUCAUGGAACAAUGUCAAGUAGCUCAAAUAUAAUUGGAGUCCCAGAAGAAAAGGAGUUGAGAACAGACUGGAAAAAAAUAUAUGAAGAAGUAAAAUGGCCCAACUAUUAUAAGCAGGCCAGUGAAACCCAGUAAGGAAGACAACCACACGAGACACAUCAAAAUACAAUUGUCGGAAACCAGUGAUAAAGUGAAGAUCUUAAAAGCAGGCAGAGAAAAGGCAUACAGAGAAACAAAGAACAAAACAGACUUACUGCUACAAAGUGUAGAAGCCAGACAUAAUAGAAUGAAAUCUUUUUUUCUUUUCUGUUUUGUUCUUUUUCUUUCUUUCUUUAUCACUUCCUUUCAUUUAUUUACUUAAAGUCUUUUUGAGAGGGUUUCACUCUGCAGUUAAUACUGGCCUUGAACUCACAGCAGUCUUCCUGCCUCAGCCUAUGAGUGUUGGAAUUACAGGUGUGCACCACCACACCCAGCCAAAUCUUUCAAAUACUGAAAGGAAAAUAUUCAGGUGUCAGCCUAAAAUUUCAUAUUCAUAUUUAUAAAAAUAUUCUUCAAAAAAUAAAGACAAACACAUUUUCCACACAAAAACAAGAUAUUUUGUCCUCUAGAUGUAUGCUGCAUUCGGAAAAAUGUUCAAGGCAGAAGUAAUAAGCUAAUAGUGGAAGUAUAAUGGAAUACUAAAGAAUACUUUGAGGGUGUUUUUGGUACUGGGGAUCGAACUCACAACCUUGUGUUUGCCAGGCAGGUGCUUAUGCUACUGAGUUAAAUCCCUGGCCCA